ACUCUUUAUUACUUUCGACUGUGCGGGCUCACAGAGUUCACAUGUGAGCCAUCCAGCGAGAGCAGGAGCGAAAAUGACGAGCCUGGAACCGCUGAGGUCAAUCAUAUCCAUGAACAAUGUGGAUAACACGUCUCUGGCUCUGCCGUCUGUGAACCAGUUCAGAUCAGGCCAGCAGCGCGUCCGGGACCAGGUGCAGACCGUCAGGAGGAUAAAGUCCAGGCACAGCAGCAGAAGUGGAUCUGCUAGUCUAUCUCCAACAAGCCCUGCCUAUGAUAGUGUCUUCAUAGACACUUACCGGAUUGCACCUAGCACAAUUAAUGGAGGCUUCUUCCUUGGAAAUGGCAUUUCGAAAGCGCUCAGCCAAGACAAAAACAUCAACCGGCAAAUCAUCAACAACUCCAAGGGAUCAACUAUCCAGAGGAGCUUAAAGUUAUCUAACUAUCAGUAUGAAGGCAGUUUUGCCCCUGUCGGCCCCAUGCCAGUUGGUGCAGCCAACACCAGCCGCAGUGAGCCUGAUCUGGGUUGGCGGCUCUCCAUGCCGAGACGUGCCGCUCCAUCGCAGAGACUCCUGUCCAAUAGGUCCAGCACCCACUUCACAGAAACCAGCACCAAUAAGCUCUUUUCAAGCAACCCACCCCAGCCGCAGCCACAGUUCAUUAUGAAUGGCACGGGUCACACCAAAACGAGUAGCCAGUUCAUAAUUGGCCAAGUUGAAAUGAAGAAAGCACCCUCAAAGCACUCCAUUGUUGAGAAUGCACCCAAGAUCAAGGGAGAUUCAGGGUCAAAUGACAACAGUGGUGCUGUAGAUAUCACACUGAAGGAAGCUGUGCAGUAUCUCUCCAGUGGGGAAGAGGCAUAUCAGCACUGUGGAGCUUGCUUCAUCCAGCACAACACCUUCAUUGAUGACAAAACUAAAGAGGAGGUGUUAAAGCUCAAUGGGAUCCCUCCCCUGGUGGCUCUGCUGCAAAGUCCCAGCGUGCAGGUCAGCCAGACGGCCUCGGCCACCCUUCGCAACAUAUCCUUCAAAAACAACAGUGCCAAGGAGGAAAUUCAACGCUGUGAGGGCAUCACUGAGGCCGUGGCCCUGCUCAGAAACACCGACUCCUCAGAGACACAGAAACAGCUGACAGGCCUGCUGUGGAACCUGUCCUCUGUUGACAGCCUGAAGCCAGACCUGGUGAAGAGCGCUCUGCCUGUGUUAAUGGAGAGCGUGAUACUUCCUUACACAACAGGUCCUGACCGGACCAUCAACAACAACCUAGACCCCGAGGUCUUCUUUAAUGCCACAGGAUGUCUACGAAACCUCAGCAGUGCCAAGCAAAGCAACAGACAGGCGAUGAGAAAGUGUCGUGGUUUGGUGGACUCUCUGGUCAGCUAUGUGAAGGACUGUGUGGAGGCAGACAGACCAGACGAUAAGUCCGUAGAAAACAGUGUCUGCAUCCUCCACAACCUGACGUUCCAGCUGCAGGCCGAGGCCCCGGCUCUGUUCAGCAGGAUCACAGCCUUGUCCCGGACCACCAGCAGGACCCCGAGCCAAGGGGACACUGGCCCCAUCGGCUGCUUCAGCCCACAGAGCAGCAAAGUGCUGGAGCAUGAGAAUCAUUUUGACUACGCAGUCGCUGAGGAUCAAAACCCGCAAGGAGCAGGCUGGCUGAUUCACUCCAAAACCCUGCAGGCUUAUCUGUCCUUGCUGGGCUCCAGCCAGCGAGAGGAGACCCAGGAGGCCUGCUGUGGGGCGCUGCAGAACCUCACCACUCACCAAGGCGCUGUCUCAGCUGUAAUGAGCCAGGCCAUUGUGCAGAAGCUGAACGGCUUGCAAGUCAUCGCUCCUCUUCUGAGGUCAAACAAAGCGAACUUACAGAGAAACACAGUGGCGCUGGUAGGAAACCUGGCCAAAAACCUGCACCUUCACAGCUCCUUAGCUCGUCAAGCUCUGCCAGAGCUGGUGGGCAUCAUGAGCGCUGGCACCGUGGGAGCGAACGAGUCUGAUGACACUUUGGCCAUGGCGUGCCAAACGGCUCAGUGCGUGCUGCUGAAGGAGCCUGACCUGGGCAAGCACCUGCUAAACAACAAGCUGAUCAACUCUCUGAACGACAUCAGCCACAACAAGUAUUUCCCCAAAUCCAGCAAAGCUGCAGCCCUGUUCCUCUACAACCUCUGGUCCGAGAAAGACAUACAAAGCUUCCUAAAAAAGCAAGGAAUGAGCAAGGCCAGCUUUGUGAAUGACAUCACCACGGCUGCACACAAGUCCGUUCAGGUUGUAGAGUAAUGCGGCUGCAUGAAACACAUCACCCUGCGAUCCAUUCCACGCCCAUGGGACAUAAACACGAUGAGGCUGAGCAGCAUCCCCCGAUUGUCAUUUCACAUAAAAAAAAAAAUAAAAUAAAAUAAAAACAAUGUACCUGCACAACAAGUGCUGGUACUGUUUUCUUUGUUGGAACACAGGUGAAGGUGAAAGGUCAAAAGUGAUACUGUUUACUGUAAUAUACAACGAACUACGUUUGCAUUUGCUUUUCUACUCUUUAUGGAUGUCAUAUUUCUUAACAUAUUUCUCGUGUGUUUGUGCCUACAUUCUUCAGUCACAUUUUCAGGGUUCAGAUUUUUGCCCAUAUUUUGCAGUGCAGUUGCUCUUUUGAACUGUUCGCCAAAACCUCAUCAAUAAAUUAAGAUGGCUUUAUCAGAUGAACAGAGAUCAUUGUGAGAACAUCAUUUCUGUUGUUUAGAAUGAUGAGUUAGAGAUGAUUUACUUUGGCUGUGAUGAUCAGUAAGUUAACAGAACACUGACAUUGUGAUAUGUAGCUUCAAUUUUUGUUCACAUUUUGUAAAUAGUGCUUUUGUUGCAUGAUUCAGUGGAUCCAUUCAUCCAUUUUUUCAUAUAUGCACAUCGAAAGUGAUCCGGUUUUUAUCACAAAGUGUCAAUAAAGCUG